AUUGCCUUCAAGUACCUCAUAGGAGGUAUUCUUAGCAUGGACUCCAACUUUCCUCCCCUUGUCCACUUUCACUCACCACAGCUCCAAAGUAAAGCCAUCUGCCGCCAGAGCACCCCGCCCUCUUCCAUCGACAUGUCGGCUCGUUUGGUCAUUUUCCAUCAGCAUGUCGUCCGCGCCGUCCUCCGUUUCUAGAUCCAUCGCUCCCCUGGCAAGUGAAAUAUCGACCGUCCCACAGGAUGAAGUGAACGGUGCAUCGGGCCAUCUAUCAGCUUCUUUGGCAUCUACGGUAGCUCAAAGUUCUGAAUCAUUGUCCAUCGCUCUGUAUUGUGAGCUUCUGGUACAUGUUAGGCUCGUUACACUACUUAUAUCUCUGCCAACUGUUUGCAACAUUACAACGCGAGCUUCACUUUCGCCGGAUAGUUUACAUGUCACCGUCCAUCAUGAGGGAGAUUCGGCAACAAUAAGACUACCAUCGAAGGCAAAGAAAGAGAACCAUUCAAAUUCUUCGCUCACGCUACCUUUGGAACCUCCUAGGAAGGAGUUGAGCUUGCGAUUGCAAAUCGAAGAAUCGACAGAGUCUAAGCUUCCCUAUAUGCUGCACGCUUCCGAAAGAAAGAGUAAUAUCAUACCAUGGGACGGAGCAUCACUCGAUGCCGUCAAAGAGCCAGCACUGUGCUGCAAGAAAUGCACCUGUGUCAUUGUUUCCAGCAACAAUAUCACAGCCUGGAAGGAUCUGCCAAAUGAAAAUUGGGCCGAAAUGAUGGACUUUUGGCAUUGUCACAAGCCAGAUGAAUCGCAUCUGCAUAGCUCAACGCAUACGGAAGCUGUUGCAGGAAAAGGCUAUGCAGCCGGCAAUCGAUUGAAAGCCGCCAGGGGCAUAGGCUUUGUAGAUCUGACAAGUUUUCUUUUCAAAGAGACCGAUUGUGAGGGCGCUCGGUCUGCGACCAGUAUUGAGAACCAAGAUGAUACCUCGGUGUGUUGUUCAUCCUGUAAGCAGGUACUUGGUACUAUUGAUGAAGCCACCGAGGGUUGGCGAGUAUGGAAAUGGAACCUUCACCUAAGCUCCCUACCUGCGCAAAACCUAGAGAACGCAACAUCAGGUAUUACAUAUGCUGUUCAAAAAUGGAUAUCGGUUCAGUUACUUUCAGCGAUAGAUUUCCAUGGAGUAAGAAAAUUCCACAUCCAUGGCAACAACCAAUCACUGGCUGAAGUUCCAUCUUUACUUAUUUGGAUCUUCACACCCGAUCUCCUGGUUUCUCACUCGUCCUUCCUCCUUCCUUCUUCCUCUUCGUCGUUUGCUGUACCUUCUUCCGGCUAUGGACCCCCUGCUAGUUCACGGAGGGCUAUGAAGAUAUUUUUCAAGGAAAGCACUUACAGGAAACCUAAACCUGGCGAAUCAGAGAGUGCCUCCGUCGAGGACAUUGCUUUUCCAUUAGAUCUUUGCAAGGAAUUGAAAGAGAUCUUAGUCCAAAGUCAGCAAUUGCUCCCAGCUGGGGCAAAACGGUUCCAAGGAUGGGAGGUGGGUCUCUUAGAGCGGUUCGAUGUUGGGGAGGAUAGAUUAGACCAGUAGGCUUAUCUUUAAUGGUGUCAAUAUACAUUUCAU